GUGCCCAAAAAAUCUCAAUCUCUCUCAGUUUCUCUUUAAUCCUUUUUUUUUUUUUCAGCGUUUUAUAAGAAUCCUUCAAGAUCUCUCAUUCAUCAUUUGCUGUUUGAGAAUCUUCUGGGAUCAUUCUCUCUAAAGAUCAUUCUUCGUUUUAGGGAUUUUUCUGAAAGUUUCGUUUUUUUUUCUUCUUCUUUCCUCUCUUCUCCGAUCCGCCGCCGUGGGUUUUUGGUGGUUACGAUGACGAUCAAAGAUGAGUCGGAGAGUUGCGGUAGCAGAGCCGUCGUUGCUUCGGCGUCUCAAGAAAACCCUAGACAUUACCGGAUGAAACUCGAUGUCUACAGUGAGGUUUUACAGCGACUUCAAGAAUCUAAUUACGAAGAAGCAACUCUUCCUGAUUUCGAGGAUCAGCUCUGGCUCCAUUUCAAUCGUCUUCCUGCUCGAUAUGCUCUUGAUGUUAAAGUUGAGAGAGCGGAAGAUGUUCUCACACAUCAGAGAUUGCUAAAAUUGGCGGAAGAUCCUGCAACUAGGCCUGUGUUUGAAGUUCGUAGUGUACAGGUUCCUCCAAGAACUUCUCCUGACUCUGACUCUGCUGUGGAGGAAGAUGCCCAAAGCUCUCGCCAACCAAGUGGGCAAGGGGCUCUUGCUCCUCCGACUUUUGGUUCUUCUCCAAAUUUUGAAGCUAUUACUCAGGGAAAUAAAAUUGUUGAAGAUGUCGAUAGUGCUGUAAAUGUAACAUUGUCUACUCGACCGAUGCACGAGAUUACAUUUUCAACCAUUGAUAAGCCCAAACUCCUUAGCCAGCUAACUUCCCUACUUGGUGAGCUUGGACUGAAUAUACAAGAAGCUCAUGCUUUUUCCACUGUGGAUGGUUCUUUGAGCAUGACAAAUCAAGCAAUGAGCUUAUACCCGCCUGCAUUGAAAUACCCACGGAUGGAACUGAUGAGUGGGAAAUUGACGUGACACAGCUCAAAAUUGAAAAGAAAGUGGCAUCUGGUUCAUAUGGGGAUCUGCAUAGAGGCAUAUAUUGCAGUCAGGAAGUAGCUAUCAAAUUUCUCAAGCCUGAGCGUGUAAACACUGAGAUGCUUAGAGAAUUUUCUCAAGAAGUUUUUAUAAUGAGGAAAGUUAGACACAAAAACGUCGUUCAAUUUUUGGGUGCAUGCACAAGAUCUCCAACUCUCUGUAUAGUUACUGAGUUUAUGGCUCGAGGGAGCAUAUAUGAUUUUCUUCACAAACAGAAAUGCGCAUUUAAACUUCAGACUUUGCUUAAAGUUGCACUUGAUGUGGCAAAAGGAAUGAGCUAUUUGCAUCAAAACAACAUUAUUCACAGGGACCUUAAGACUGCGAAUCUUCUUAUGGAUGAACAUGGACUUGUCAAGGUUGCUGAUUUCGGAGUUGCCAGAGUGCAGAUUGAAUCAGGGGUCAUGACAGCUGAAACAGGGACUUACCGGUGGAUGGCUCCAGAGGUCAUUGAGCACAAACCUUACAACCAUAAGGCAGAUGUGUUCAGCUAUGCGAUAGUGCUAUGGGAACUUUUGACUGGUGACAUCCCGUAUGCUUUCUUGACUCCGCUACAAGCAGCUGUUGGCGUUGUCCAAAAGGGGCUUCGACCAAAAAUUCCAAAGAAAACACACCCAAAAGUGAAGGGACUUCUAGAGAGAUGCUGGCACCAAGACCCAGAGCAGAGACCACUCUUCGAGGAAAUCAUAGAAAUGCUGCAACAGAUAGUGAAUGAGGUAAACGCCGUAGUGUGAUCCCAGAGUAAAAAAACCUACCCUUACAAGGAGAGAUUCUCAGAGCAGGAUGUGUGGAUGUGGUGGAAACAAAGCAGGUUGGAGAUGAAGACCCUAGCAAGGACAACCAGUGCAUGUCUUUCCUGACUACUCCCUUUAGAAAGCCCCGUUACUAGUUCUGAUACAAAAAAAUCAGUGUCACGAUUGAAGGCACUAUUUUGUUGGCCUUUGUACAGUUUUUUAUUUUUUUUUCAUUGGGGAGGAUCUAGUUUUUGACCUUAGAGAGUGUUUUCUUAUCCUUUUUUAGUUGCCCCCUCAUUCCUUUCAACAUAGAAGAAUCUUAGAAACCCUUUUGGUCGCUUCUUUUUCCUUUUUCUUUUCAUAAAGAAAGCAAGUUCAAUAGAGUUGCGUAUUCUUUUGACUAUAUAAAAUCAUGUUCUCAUUA